AUGCAGGCCGAAGACCUGGCGGACGUGCUGCGGGGCCUCGAAGAGGAGUUCGAGGCGGGCGAGAGGCUGGCCGAGGCGGGCGUGGUGCGCGCCGGUGCCGCGCGAAAGGGAGGUCAGGACGAGGAGCGCCGCGCGGGAGCGGAGCGGGCCAUACAGGGCAUCCAGGGCUCCCAAGGCGGCGGGGCGGCGGCAGGGUCGGGGCGGACCGCGGCGCGGCCCUCCGCGGGGUCAUGGGGAUUCGGCGAGGAUGACAUGGACGUGACGGCGGCCGACGGCGACCCAGACGUAGGCACGGCGGCGGGGAUGCGCGUGCGGCUCCGCCCCUCCAGCUCCUUCCCCGCCGCCGGCCGGGAGCUGGCCAGGCUGACGCUGAACGAGAAGCAGUCGAUCGCCCUCCUCAUCGUCUGCCGGCAGCUCGACCAGGUCCGGCAGGCCAAUGAGGCAGGCGGCGACGGAGACGGGGAAGGUCAGCUCUGCCUGUUCAUCGGCGGCGAGGGCGGCACCGGCAAGUCGCGCGUCAUCGAGGCGCUCGUCGAGCUGCUCGCCCGGAGGGAGCUGUCGAGCCGGAUGCUAGUCACAGCGACGUCGGGCACGGCGGCAGCGCGGAUCAACGGCAUCACCCUCCACUCGGCCUGCGGCCUCGCCCGCUUCGUCGACGGCCGGUCGCGCAUGGACUGGCGGGAGAAGGAGGUGCUGGUGGUCGACGAGGUCAGCAUGCUCGGGGCGCGCACGCUAUACGCCGCCAACGAGCAGCUCUGCCGGCUGCGGGGGUCGGCGCGGGACUUCGGCGGCAUCCCGGUGGUGAUCUUCUGCGGCGACUUCCACCAGUUCCGGCCGGUGCAGGAGCGGUCGAUCCUGCUGCCGAGCGCGGCGGUGUCGUGGGACGAGGACAGGGCCUUCACGGCCGAGCAGCGGCGGCAGCACGACAAGGCGCACGCGCUCUGGCGGCGGUUCACGACGGUCACCAUGCUCGACGAGCAGAUGCGGGCCGCCGGCGACCCCGAGCUGCGGCGCCUGCUCGGGCGGAUCCGGCGGGCGAGCAGGACCGGCGUGACGGUGGUCACGCCGCUCAACCGGAACCGCUGGAACCUCAACCUCGAGGCGGCGCUCGCGUUCCGGGCGCGGCAGCGGACGGCGGCGCGCGUCUUCCUCUCCGAGCACAAGUGGAAGGACGGCACGCCGACGGAGGAGGAGGCGGUGCUGAUGCUCGGCCAGGGCGACGACAGCGCGACGCCGGUGCCGGCCGUCUUCGUCUUCGUGCCGGGCAUGCCGGUCGUCGUGAACCAGAACACGCACCAGGGGCUGAAGGUGCUGACGGUGCACUUCGGGCCGCCGGCGGGCAUCGUGCUGGCGUCGGAGACGACCAGGGACCUCCACUUCAUCACGGCGCAGCGGAAGCGGCCCUGGCAGCGCAACGACGUCGGCCGGCGCGGCCUGCCGUGCGCCGCGGCCUUCGCCUGCACCGACUACAAGGUGCAGGGCGGGACGAUCGAGCGCGUCGCGCUCGAGCUGCGAGGGCGAGGACGACGACGCCUCUACGUGCAGCUCUCGCGGUGCCCGACGCUCGACGGCAUCAUGCUCGUAUCGGAGGUGCGGGAGCGGGACCUUAUAGGAACCGGGUGCCCGGGGAAAUGA